AUGUCCGCUGCUAGCACUCGUUCUGGAUCUCGGUCUGGGACACCUCUGGGCACACGAUCGCAGUCGUCCACCACCACAACUACCGCGUUAGCAUCCUCGUCGUCGUCCUCCUCCUCGUCACGGAAAAAGUCAGACCAGUCUGAUGGUGGCCGCCCUACACAGGGCAAUUACUUCUCCUACCCCGUGAGCCGUGUGGUUUCCGGGCUCUAUCGACGCCUCACCGACCCCCCGCAGCAGCAGCAGAGCCGCAAUGGGAAUAGUCGCAACGAUAUGACUUCCUCGUACUCUGCAUCGCUCUAUACUCCCAUGCGCACCGUGUCCCCAUUUCAACCGCCUCCGCUCAGUGCCCUGACCCUCAGUUCCUCGGCUGUUGCGGCAGGCCAUCAGCAUAUCCUCACUCGCGCGCUCGCGGAGGAAAUCCGGCUUCUGGUACCGCCGCGUCUGCAGCUGGUUGAUACUUGGAACCUGGCGUAUUCGCUAGAGCGCGAUGGCUCGUCUCUGGGGACCCUGUAUGAUGCCUGCAGGCAGGUAUCCGAACGCAGUCCUCGCGCUGGCUACGUGCUAGUCGUGCGUGAUAGCUCCGAUGGCGCGGUGUUUGGCGCCUACUUGACCGAUCCGCCGCACCCCAGUCCACACUUUUAUGGAACAGGAGAAUGCUUUUUAUGGAGAGCUAGCGUGUUGCCGUCAACACCGCUACUUCUGGACCACUACCACCACCACCAACACGAGCACAACAGCAACGACGGCGGCGCUGAAACCGAGGGAGACGAAGAGUUUCACACAAUGACAGACGACGAGCUACGAAGGGCAGGAUUCCCUCCACCGCCAAGUGCAGAUACGACAAAUGCUGUUCGAAGCACGACAUUAAGAGCGAGUACCCCGACUCCUUCAAACAAACAGGACAAGCCGCUCAACAAGAACAAUUCGAACUCUAAUCUCCUUGCUUUGCCCGGGGAUUCAGUAGGUUCUAAUGGUGGGAGUAGAAGUGGAACAAGUACACCGGAACGAAUCCGCUUCAAAGCGUUUCCUUACAGCGGUGUGAAUGACUAUAUGAUGUUUUGCGAGACUGGAUUUCUGAGCGUGGGAGGAGGUGACGGUCACUAUGGUCUCUGGAUUGACGACUCCGUUGAAAAAGGUAUAAGCGCGUCCUGUCCUACCUUUGGCAACGAACCUCUGUCAGAUGAAGGCACGAAAUUCGAUAUUUUGGGUGUCGAGGUUUGGUACGUUGGGUCUUAA